AUGGGCAAAGAGGAGCCAAGUCUGAAAAGUGAACGACGAAAGUGUUACGAAGCCAGAGACAAGUACGUGGAGUGUAUCGAUAAGUUCUUGGCACAAGGAAAAAGCGAAAAAGAAUCGGAGAAGGCGUGUCGCGCCGAGCGCAAUAACUUCGAAGGAAACUGUCCGACGUCUUGGGUCAAUCAUUUCAUCAGAAAAUAUCAAUUUGAACGAUACAAGAAAACGCUGGCGGAGCAAGGUGUGAAUAUUGCUGAUCAAAAUGCAUUGUCUGACUAA